AUGGCUGACAAUGAAUCUGUUAUUAUCACUGUUGUUUAUGGGGCAUCUGAGGUGAUUGAUAGUCGGAAUUUAUGGACGGCAUUGGAGACGCUAGCUCAGCAAUGCUCUGACAUCCCGUGGAUGGUGGGAGGGGAUUUUAAUGCAGUACGUGACCUUAACGAAGUAUGUGGCAUCUCAGGAGAUAUAAGGAUGGCCACCGAAGAAUUUAAUGCUGGUAUUCUGGAGGCGGGGCUGAUCCCACUUCCUAUGCGAGGUGAAUGGUUCACGUGGCAUAAUUGCAGUACGUCUAUGAGGAGUUUAUGGAAGCGACUGGAUCGGAUUCUUAUUAAUGACCGCUGGCUGGCAAGGUUCCCGAGCGCAUAUUAUCGCAGCCUUACUCCACGGACAUCUGACCACUCUCCACUGGUCUUACAUGGGGAUAUACAACAACAUAAUGGAGGCAUGUUUCGAUUUGAUAACUAUCUGGCCCAUUCACCCGAGUUUAUCCACAAUGUGCAGAAUAUUUGGCAUCAUGAGAUUGUGGGUAUUCCUAUGUAUGCUGUGACACGUAAACUGAAGGCACUUAAACCAGUCUUUAGACUACAAAGGAGAAAUAAGGGAGAUCUGACGAUGAAUGUCCAACUAGCCAAAGGUUUUCUUGAUGAGGCACAACACAACAGUUGCUCUGAUAGACAAAAUGAGCUAUAUUUACUCCUGGAGCAUUGUUGUCGAGUCGUUUAUGCUAAAGCGAGACGAGUAAGGAGGAGAAUCUUACAGAUUAAUGAUGAGAAUGGUUUCACACACACGGAUCUAGGGGAAAUCGCCCAUGAGUUUGUCUCAUACUAUCAGAACCUCUUAGGAGGCACCAGACCAGAACUGUCAGUGGAUAUUCGUUAUCUUAGACCGUGGGCAAGGCACUGUAUCACUGAUGAGGAAGCUAAUCAAUUACUCCUUCCAAUCUCGGCGGAUGAUGUGAAGCAAGCAAUGUUCGAUAUUGCUGAUGACAAGGCACCGGGACCUGAUGGCUACUCGUCAAGGUUUUUCAAGGCGGCUUGGCCUGUGGUUGGGGAAGAAGUUACGAGGGCGGUACUAGACUUCUUUUCUACCGGAAAACUUCUGAAGCAGGUCAACUCCACGAUCUUGGCCCUGAUCCCAAAG